AUGUGCCGGAACGUCUCCACGAUGGUGCUGUUGUGUGCCGUCCGCAGCGACUGCAUCCGCGUCUGGAACAACGCACAAUUUACUGCUUAUAGAUACGUGCCUUCAGACCCUAUUAGGGAUGUUGACAGGAUAAACGGAAUUCUAUUUAAUAACCUGAUAGACGAACUGAAGUUAGCGGACAUGGGUUUCUCACGGGCAGUUUUGCUAGCCGCGUUCGUAGCGGGGGCUUGGGCCAUGGACGAGGAGAUGGCGGAGCUGGCUAAGAUGCUGCACGACAACUGCGGCGAGGAGACGGGAGCGGACCUGAGCUUGGUGGACAAAGUGAACGCAGGUGCGGACUUGAUGCCCGAUCCAAAGUUGAAGUGCUACUUGAAAUGUAUAAUGGAGACGGCGGGGAUGAUGACGGAAGGCGUUGUGGACGUGGAGGCGGUGCUGGCGUUGCUGCCGGAUGACAUGCGCGCCAAGAACGAGCAGAACCUGCGCGGGUGCGGCACGCAGAAGGGCGCCGACUACUGUGACACCGCCUUCCUCACGCAGCUCUGCUGGCAGAAGGCUAACAAGGCUGACUACUUCCUUAUAUAA